AUGGAUAUGGAAGGAGUGGGAACCGUAACCAUAACAAUAACCAUAACCAUAGAGCCAUAACCAAUAACUCGAAAAGCAUUCAACUUGUUGAGAGAGAGGAGACACCUUCACACCCCACACAUAAUAGAAAAAGAAGUUGGUACUUGGUACCAGCAAAGGCUUUUUAUUCUUUCUUCUUCUUCUUCUUCUUCUCUCUCUGUCUUGACGCUUCCUUUUUUAAAGCAAAACCUCAAAUUCUAUCCCUUAGAUUCUUCUUCUCAAUUCACAUUCUCUCUUUCUCUUUCUGUGUCUCUGUCAUCGUUGCUUGGAGAAUCUUUUUUUACUUGUGCUGGUGCUAAUUCUUUUUAUUCUCUGUGUUUGCUUUGGUUGCGCAUUCAGCGGUAAUAACUAAUAUUGAAUCAAUGACCAAGAUAAGUCUUGAAAUUGGAGAAAAGAUGCAGCCAGAAGUAAUUCUUCCAGUUUCAGCUGAUGUAAGCUUUGCUUGUAAUGGGUUUCCAAAAUAUAAAUUAGGACCAGAUAAUCAGAUUUUGGACGAGCCAAAAGAGGACAAUAAAGGCCCAUCCUUGAAAGAGGUUGUUGAACAAGAAACUGUGCAGCUAACAGAUCAGCACAAGCGCCUGUCAGUUCGUGACCUGGCUACUAAAUUUGACAAGAACUUGACUGCCGCUGCUAAGUUGGCUGAGGAGGCAAAGCUUAGAGAGGUGGCUUCUUUGGAAGGACAUGUUCUUCUAAAAAAGCUUAGAGAUGCAUUGGAAUCUUUAAGAGGACGCAUGGCAGGGAGAAACAAGGAGGAUGUAGAAAAAGCUAUCUCCAUGGUGGAGGCACUAGCAGUUAAAUUAACUCAGAAAGAAGGAGAAUUGAUUCAAGAGAAGUUUGAAGUGAAAAAGCUUGCUAACUUUCUUAAACAGGCUUCUGAAGAUGCUAAAAAGUUGGUCAAUCAAGAAAAAUCAUUUGCUUGUGCUGAAAUUGAAAGUGCCAGAGCAGUUGUGCAGAGGUUUGGAGAGGCUUUGGAAGAAGAAGAAAGGAAUGCUCAGAAUUCCAAAAACCAGGCUCCUGAUGUGGAGGAACUAAUUGAAGAAGUUCAAGAAGCUAGAAGAAUUAAAUUGUUGCAUCAGCCAAGCAAGGUGAUGGAAAUGGAGCUUGAGCUUCAUGCGCUGAGAAUUCAGAUUAGGGAGAAAUCUAUAUUUUCAGUUAAACUUCAGAAUGAGCUGGCAAUGAGCAAGAGAGCUGAGGAGAAUAAAUCCUCUCCAUAUGUCAUAGAUGGUUCUGAAACUUUAGGUUCAUGUCUGCAACUCCAGCCUAGAUCAAAUGCUUCACCACCGCCACUUUCAAAGUGUUCAAUUCAGUGGUGCCGUGUAUCAUCUGAUGGCAGCCAAAAAGAAGUUAUUUCAGGUGCUAACAAAUCAAUUUAUUCCCCUGAACCAUUAGAUGUUGGGCGAAUUUUACAAGCAGACAUCAUGUCAAAUAGCCAAAGAAUAAUGACGGUGACAACUAUUGGUCCCAUUGAAAUUGCUGCAGGAUUAGGAAGCUACGUAGAGGCACUUUUGCGAAAAUCUAGCUCUGAAUUUAAUGUAGUUAUUUCCAAGAUGAAUGGACAAGAUCAUCCGUCACAUUCAGUUCACACAUUCAAUGUGGGAAAAAUGAGGAUAAAGCUCUGCAGAGGGUGGAUUACAAAGGCUAGAGAAAUUUAUUCUUCAUCAAUGCAGUUAUGUGGAGCUCGAGAUGAUGCUAAUGCUGCAGCAAAAGCAUUGUUUUGGCAACCGAGGAAGGGCCUUUCAUUUGUAUUGAGAUUUGAAUCGGAACGAGAAAGGAAUGCGGCCAUAAUGCUUGCCAGGAAAUAUGCUCUUGAUUGCAACGUAACACUUGCAGUACCAGAUGAUUUAGUAUAGAACAAGCAACUAAGUAUUAUUCCCUAACAAAGGUGAGCGAGUAUGGUCAGGUUUUUUACAGUGCGAAUAUCGUCAUGUUUUUUUUGAUGUGUGUAUUUGCCACGGUGAUGAAGAAUACAGCUUAUUUUUAUUGGUCUUAUGGUAAUCUGGUUGUCUGUCUUAGGCAUCGUUUUUUAUUUGCCUAAUCUGUUGUAACAGAAUCUUUAUUUUUUAAUUGAUUGGUUCAUUUGUUGCUGAUUUGCA